AUGCAUAAUAAUUAAACAAUAGAUUUAUUGAAGUUGAUAUUAGUUUAAGGCAAUAAUUAAAUCAAUAAACUUCAAGAAGGUGUAUUACAAAAGGGAGAAACUAUAGUUUAUACAAUAUUAUUGAAAAUAAAAACCGUUAAGAAAGAGAUAAGAAUGAUUUAAAAUCUUUUCCAAAAAGGUUUUGAAUAUUCUAAAGAAAAAACAUCAUGA